CCCUGGGCGCGCGGAUCCUGCGUGGACCCGAGUGCGCGCCCGGUUCUCCAGCUUCCCGCUGCCGCGCCCGAAUCCCGGUGCACGCGGUUGGAAUCUGGCGAUGCUCUGCCAGCCAAAUGCGUCCUUCCGGAAACGGCGGGCGGCUCCCGGCGGGAUUCAGAGAACACGUAGCGGGCGGGUAAGCGACCGGAGGGGCCAGUGUGCCGUCCCCUGGGAUGGCAGGGACCCAGAGACACUGAGCUCAGCAAAGACCGCAUAGCAGACAGGCAGAGGUGCGCGCUUGCAUAGUAACCUGGAACCGGAUUGCAGGUGAAAGUUGUUGCUGUUGAUUCGGAGCUGAAUGUCUACUAUGAAGACAGUGUGCAUUUUGACAGAGACCUUCCUGAAUUUGGAACUCAGGGCGGUGUCCAUGUACACAAGGACAGGCUGACGGUCACCUCUCCGGUCCUGAUGUGGGUCCAGGCUCUGGACCUGAUCUUGGAGAAGAUGAAGGCUUCGGGCUUUGACUUCUCUCAAGUCCUAGCCUUAUCUGGGGCAGGCCAGGGAAUUGUCCCUGUCUUCCCAAGGGUCAUCUCAACUGUUCCAUCUUCCCACCCCAUAUUCAAGAGGUCCCCAUGUCCGCUUGAUAUAUACAGAACUCUUGAGCCCUCCACCUGUCUGCCAGCACUGCCCCUGUUGCCUCAGCAACAUGGAAGUGUUUACUGGAAGGCUGGAGCCAGCCAGGCACUGAUGAGCCUGUCACCAGCUCUCCCGUUACACCAGCAGUUGCAGGCCUGCUUUUCCAUCAAUGACUGCCCAAUAUGGAUGGACUCCAGUACCACAGCCCAGUGCCGCCUGCUGGAAGCUGCUGUGGGUGGGGCCCAGGCUCUCAGCUGCCUCACAGGGUCUCGAGCCUAUGAGCGUUUUACCGGAAACCAAAUUGCAAAGGUUUUCCAGCAGAACCCUGAGGCCUACUCAGACACGGAGAGAAUUUCCUUGGUCAGCAGCUUUGCUGCUUCCCUCUUCCUGGGCUCAUAUUCCCCCAUCGACUACAGUGAUGGUUCUGGAAUGAACUUGCUCCAUAUCCAAGAAAAAGUCUGGUCCCAGGCUUGCCUUGCUGCCUGUGCCCCUCAUUUAGAGGAGAAGCUUGGCUCCCCGGUCCCAUCGUGCUCAGUUGUGAGUAUAGGUGCUCUUUCUCCUCAGGGAGCCAUUUCUUCCUACUACAUCCAACGCUAUGGGUUUGCUCCAGGAUGCAAAGUGGUGGCCUUCACUGGGGACAACCCAGCAUCGCUGGCAGGCAUGAGGCUGGAGGAAGGUGACAUUGCGGUAAGCCUAGGCACCAGCGACACCCUGUUCCUCUGGCUCCAGGAGCCUAUACCUGCCCUGGAAGGCCACAUCUUCUGCAACCCAGUGGAUUCCCAGCACUACAUGGCACUCCUGUGCUUUAAAAAUGGCUCCCUCAUGAGAGAGAAGAUCCGUGAUGACUCUGCUUCCUGUUCCUGGAGCGAGUUCUCUAAGGCCCUGCGGUCCACAGAGAUGGGGAACAGUGGAAACCUGGGUUUUUAUUUCGAUGUAAUGGAGAUCACCCCUGAAAUUAUUGGGUAUCAUAGGUUUAAUGCAGAAAACGUUGAGGUAUCAGCAUUCCCUGGGGAUGUGGAGAUUCGUGCGCUGAUCGAAGGACAAUUCAUGGCCAAGAGGAUUCAUGCCGAAGGCCUGGGCUAUCGAGUCAUGCCCAAGACAAAGAUUUUAGCCACAGGAGGGGCAUCUCACAAUAGAGACAUAUUACAGGUACUUGCAGAUGUGUUUGGUGCCCCAGUGUAUGUCAUAGACACUGCCAAUUCAGCCUGCGUGGGCUCUGCAUACCGAGCUUUUCAUGGCCUUGCAGGAGGGACAGAUGUGGCCUUUUCGGAGGCCAUGAAGUUGGCCCCAGAUCCCAGCCUGGCUGCCACCCCCAGCCCAGGAGCUUCCCAGGUCUAUGAGGCCCUUCUUCCCCGCUAUGCUGAACUUGAGCAGAGAAUCUUGUCUCAGUCUGGGAGGGCUCUGGAGUGAAUUCGGCAGGCCCACCUACCCAGUGAUCCCCACCUGCCCAGACUCCCUGCCGGCAUCUACCCUCUUGCCUGCCCUGAGCUGCUCUGUCUUCUGUGCUGGCUCAUCGGAGUACUUCUGUACUGCUCAGGACCAUCCUGAAGCUGGCCAUGACUCCCUGAAGAUACACUGGCUCUGUGUCCCAGGGUGGGAGAACAUCUCUCCCUCCCUGUCUUUUAUUCCAGGAGGCAGGAAAACACAGAAAAACUAGGAAGGAAAACUAGGGUAUGGCCACCAAAGAUUAUGACUUUCCCCGCCUCUCAAAGGCAGAAAGCUAUCUUAGGUCCAAAAUCAGCAGAUGAGGGGAGACAAAGCCCUCUCCUGGCCUCCUCCCUCUCUGAGCAGUACUCCAUAAUCUGUGAUCCUCAGCCACUCCACCCCAUACCUUGACUCCCCCAUUCUAUCCUCUCCAACAACCCAGACUGCAUAGUCACUUCUCUUCCUGAUGAGCAUUCCAGCUGUUUCUGCCCUCCUGUUUUCUGAGGUGCCCUCCCAGCAUCCUCUCCUAUCUGCCCAUCCUUUCCCAUCCUUCAUUGGCUCACCCUUCUCUCCUCAAAGCACCUGCCCUUUCUCACCUCUUGUGCCCUCUUCCCUCCCCACACCUGCCUGGUAUAACUCAUCACUUCUCACCCAAGACGAUUCUUGUGGGCCUGGUAGAUACCUUUCUUGUGCCCUCCCCUGGCUCUGUCCAUAAGUUGCUUGAUUGGGGGCUCACCAGGUCACCUGGCUGGACCAUCUCCCAGGCUGUACACUUUAGCGUCCUCUUCUGUCUUGUGUUGACAAAACUGUGUCAUUUCUCUGAGAAAUUUCCAAAUUCUGGAUUUCCUUUUCUGGAGUCAGGAUCUCAAGUGGCCUAUGCUAGCCUCAGAUUUGCUUUAGAGCUGAGGUUGACCUUGAACUUCUGAUCUUCCUGCCUCUACCUCCUGAGUGCUGCAAUUACAGGCAUGUGUCAUUACACCUUGUUUAUGCAGUGCUGGGGAUCAAACCCUGAUCCUCAUGAACUCCAGGCAAACUACCAACUGAGCCACAUCCCUAGCCUGGUUUUUUUUUUUUUUUUUUUUUUUGGAGUACUUUAUGACUCUCACUUCCACUUACCUUCCUAUAUUUCUAUAGAUGGUAAGUCCUUCGUCCAUCCUCUCAUACUUCUCUAUUCCCUGCUCAGACAUUUGCAAAAGGUCUUCUGUGGCCUUAUUCCUACAACAUUCUCCUGAUUUUUCUUCUGCCAUAAACCUUCGCUAAACUGUGGACUCCAUUUAAAACCUGAAGCACUUGUGAUUCUCGCCCAGAGUGGAGAGAUGCUGCAGGCAGGUCUGAGACCUGGUGGACAAGAGCAGUGACUGAUGGGAAGUCAAAAGGAAGGGACUGAGGCAGUCAGAGCAUCACAUCUGCUAGACAUGAGUGACCCUGUAAGGGAAUGGUGUCCCAUCAAGGCGUGGUGUGUGGAAGGGAAAGAGCAGGCAGCAGAAGAUAGCAGCCCAUCAGCUGCCACAGCUAAUCCAAAAUGCAGAAGGAAGCAGGCACUUCAACAUUACAUGGUAAAGAAAUUUUACAUCACUGACGAACAGCAAAGGGCUUUCUUUGGACCUUGAAACAGUAAACUGUAACGCAACAUUCCAACAUGAGUUUUAUAAUAAACGAUUGUGGAGGUAAAAGAACACCACACAUGACAGAGUCAAACCAAAAGGAGAAUGCAGCAAGCAUGUGUGAAGAGACCAAAUUUGAGAGAGAAUUUUAGGAAAUAACAUCACAACAGACUCAAAGACCAGGUUAGGACAUAGCCGAGAGGAAGUGGGUAUGGAUGGAAGUACGGGGGCACCAGAAAGAAGGAACGAGGAUAUAGGCAAAGGGAAAGACAACGGACAAGUCAGUGGAGCCGUAUUAAUAUUUUAAAUGACCCAAAUAAACUUAUGAAAACAAAACA